AUGAUCGAGCAAGAUAUCUACCUGGAAGAAGUAGAGUCCGAGGAGCCAUCACAGUUCAGCUCAUCGACCGACUUUUUGGCGUAUGGACGAAGUUCUCUCCCUGCAACAAAUACGAUUUAUCGAAUCGAGAAGGAAAACUCAGCUCAUCCAAGCAAUGGCAAGCAAGAGGCUCUCACUUACAAGAAUUUACCGUUGGCAUCGAGCUCUACAGGUCAGCAAAACUAUGAAAUGGUGCACAGAACGGCAUAUCAGCAAAGCCUAUCAGUGCCACGGAGACCCUCAAAAAAAAGUCGAACCUGGGGU